AUGGCUGACUACGACACUGACAUGGCCCGUUACCCGGAUGAGCCCCGGUACGACCGCGACCGCAGCGCCUCGCCUCGCGAUGAGCCUCGCUCUGACCGCGACCGCGCUCGCAGCCGUUCCCCCAACGGUCGCUCAGAGGAACGCCCUCUGCCCAUUCGCAAGUCUUUGAUCCAGGAUGAGAUGGUCGAGGAGGAAGGAGCUAGCAACACUGGUUCCAACUUGUUCGUCACUGGCAUUCACCCCCGUCUGACUGAGUCGGAUAUCUCGCGCCUUUUUGAGAAAUAUGGUGAUGUCGAUAACUGCUCGAUCAUGCUGGAUCCCCACACCAAGGAAUCCCGUGGAUUUGGCUUCGUCAACAUGGCCACUGCCGAGCAAGCUGAUGCUGCUAAGGAGGGUCUCCAGGGUGAGGUUAUUGAGGGUCGCACUCUCAGCAUUGAGAAGGCUCGUCGUGGCCGUCCCCGUACCCCUACUCCUGGCAAGUACUUCGGACCUCCCAAGCGUGAUGGACGUGGUCCUCCUCGCCGUGGUGACCGCUAUGAUGACCGCCGUGGCCCUGGUGGCGGUGGUGGUAACUGGCGCCGUCGUGAUGAUGACUACUACCGUUAUGGCCGCUACGACUCUUACAACGACCGUCGCGAAUAUGGCGGUGGCGGCGGUGGCCGCGACUACGGCCGUGGAGGAGGUGGCGGUGGUGGCGGCGGCAGUGGUGAAUACCGUUCUCGCGAUUAUGGUGACCGUGACUACCGUCGUGGCUCUCGUGACGACUACGGCUACCGUGGAGGUGGUGGUGCUGGUGGUCCUGACCGUUACAACGAUCGCUACAGCCGUGAUGAUCGCCGUGGUGAUGACCGUCGUGCCGGUGGUGGUGACGAGCCCCGUGGAGGAAGUGGUGCUCCCGGUGGUGCUCCCCCUAGUGGUGGUGCUGGCUACUACGACCGUGAUGCCAACCCUCCUAGCUACGAGGCUGCUCCUCCUCGUGAGGCCCGUGAUGCCUACGCCGGUGGAAGUCGCUCCUACGAGGGCCGCAGUGCCGGUGGCGAGGAGCGCUACGGUAGCAGGUAA